GUUUGCGGGUGUAAGUGUCAAGUGUCGCGGCGGCGCCCUCACGGCGAGAAUCGGGAGAAGGAGACAGCAAGGAUAGGCCCAGAAAAACAACCAGGAAAAAAAAUCUCAUGGCAAAUAUCCACCAGGAAAACGAAGAAAUGGAGCAGCCCAUGCAGAAUGGAGAGGAAGACCGCCCUUUGGGAGGGGGAGAAGGACACCAACCUGCGGGAAAUAAUAGACGGGGACAGGCUCGCCGACUUGCUCCUAAUUUCCGAUGGGCCAUACCCAAUAGGCAGGUCAAUGAUGGGAUGGGUGGAGAUGGAGAUGAUAUGGAAAUGUUCAUGGAGGAGAUGAGAGAAAUCAGGAGAAAACUUAGGGAGCUGCAGUUGAGGAAUUGUCUGCGUAUCCUGAUGGGGGAGCUCUCUAAUCACCAUGACCAUCAUGAUGAAUUUUGCCUUAUGCCUUGAUUCCUGCCAUUUUCCAUGAGAUUAAUACUGUGAUUCAACACUGUUUUCUUUUUCCUUGCAUUUUCCUGAUACCUUUACUGAUCCGUUUGCUGUGAACCUUAUGUAAUUUCCGUGUGUCAGGUGGAUUCUGUGUUACCAGAUUCCAGUUGAAGAUUGCCUUGGCACCCAGUCGAAGUUUCUGUCAACAGUAGAGUUACCCAAUUGCAUGAAAAAGUGUCAAGUUAAUAAAGCAAUUAAAAAGCAAUCUA